AUGCUCGGGUAUCGACUGCCACCACCGAUGGAUUGCCCUAUUGCCUUGCAUCGACUUAUGUUGUGGUGUUGGCGUCUAGACCGACAUGAGCGACCAACUUUUGCACAGAUUCUCGCUAUCCUCGAGAAGUACACUCAAAAUCCAGAUUUCAUACACGUGGACAAUGUUUCAUUUACUGCAAAAAGGCAUGCGAGCUCAACAGUAAAUAUCAGCAGUAGUGCGUUCGGCAAGCCAAAUAGCUCACUGGCGAGUCCGAUGCUGAUGAGUAUAUCGCCUUCGUCAUUACCCACUUUGGAGGACUUUAUGAGAUCUUUAAAUUUGACUCAUUGCGUGGAUAAACUUAAUAAAGAAGGUGUCUUCACAAUUAGCGAUCUGGCUCAGAGAAGUCAUUUGGAUUUGUUAGCCAUAGGCUUGAUUUCGGAAGAAUAUCAGCGCAUAAGAAGUGCUUUAUGCCAAUUGCAAAAUAUCACGCCGGGGCGAGCAUCUGAUACCGCAACGUUGCCGCUUAGAUCAGCGACGGUCAGGCCGGCACGGCAUGAUGAUGGCUUCUUCGUCUAG